UUCCAGGCUAACCCCGACUACCAGAUGAGCGGAGACGACACUCAGCACAUCCAGCAGUUCUAUGAUCUCUUGACCGGCUCCAUGGAGAUCAUCCGAGGAUGGGCAGAAAAAAUUCCCGGCUUCACUGAUCUUCCCAAAACGGACCAGGACCUGCUCUUUGAAUCCGCCUUCCUGGAGCUCUUCGUGCUGCGGCUGGCUUCCAGGUCAAAUCCAGUGGAGGGCAAGCUUAUCUUCUGCAACGGGGUAGUCCUGCACCGGUUGCAGUGCGUCCGUGGCUUUGGGGAGUGGAUCGAUUCCAUUGUUGAAUUUUCCUCCAACUUGCAAAACAUGAACAUCGAUAUCUCUGCCUUCUCUUGCAUCGCUGCCCUGGCUAUGGUCACAGAGAGGCACGGGCUUAAAGAACCCAAGAGGGUGGAAGAACUUCAAAACAAGAUUGUAAAUUGUCUCAAAGACCACGUGACUUUUAAUAACGGGGGGCUGAAUCGCCCCAACUAUUUGUCCAAACUCUUGGGGAAGCUCCCUGAACUUCGCACGCUUUGCACGCAGGGGCUGCAACGCAUUUUCUACCUGAAACUGGAAGAUUUGGUGCCACCGCCAGCAAUAAUCGACAAACUUUUUCUGGACACUUUACCUUUUUAA